AUGUCCAUUUAUCGGCGGAAGCUUUUACUUCCAAUUCCAAAACUCGAGCUUUACUCUUCUUCCUCCAUUAAAACCCUUCUCUCAAUCUCUGCACUUAUCUCUCUCUCUCUAGUUUUCUAUGCAAUUCUAUCGGGUCACAACGCCGUACAUUUCAACCCACCAAAAACCCCAUUCCUUCGUCUCUUAACCCAAACAUCAAAACCCAAAAACAUCAAUAUAAUCGAAACCAACAUAUCCCACAUUCAAUUCGGAAUCGGAUCAUCAAUCAAAUCAUGGGUAAACCGUCAACAUUACUCAAACCUCUAUUGGAAAAACAACAUCACUAAAGGUUUCAUCUGGUUAGAUGAAAACCCGAAAUCAUGGCCCAAAUCAUCACCACCGUAUCGGGUUUCAUCAAACACAACCCAUUUAAAAUACACGUGUAAAUAUGGGUCGAGAUCGGCUGUUCGAAUUGCGAGAAUUGUGAAGGAAAGUUUCGAGUUUGGAAUGAAGGGUAUUCGUUGGUUUGUAAUGGGUGAUGAUGAUACUGUUUUUUUUGUGGAGAAUUUGAUUACUAUUUUAAGAAAGUAUGAUCAUCGUGAAAUGUAUUAUGUUGGUGGAAAUUCAGAAAGUGUUGAACAAAAUAUGGUUCAUUCUUAUGAAAUGGCGUAUGGAGGUGGUGGAUUUGCUAUUAGUUAUCCACUUGCGAAGGAGCUAAUUAGGGUUCUUGAUGGUUGUAUUGAUAGAUAUUCAGCUUCUUAUGGUUCUGAUCAGAAAAUUGCAGGUUGUAUGGCGGAGAUUGGUGUUCCUGUUACUAGAGAAAAGGGUUUUCAUCAGGUAGACAUAAAAGGUGAACCAUAUGGUAUGCUAGCAGCACACCCUUUGACACCAUUGGUAUCAUUGCACCAUUUGGAUUAUGUCAAGCCUAUUUUUCCAGGCAUGGACCGAUCCGACUCGAUAAAAAGAUUAAUGCAAGCCUAUCAAUCCGAUCCAAACCGGGCUCUACAACAAAGCUUCUACUACAACAAGAGAAAAAACUGGACUUUCUCGAUUUCAUGGGGCUAUACAAUACAAUUAUACCCGUUUUCAGUAGCUCCAAGGGACUUAAUUAAACCAUUCCAAACUUUCAGGACAUGGAGCAGCCAAAGUCGAGGACCAUUUACAUUUGAAACUCGACCUAUAAGUGCGGAUCCAUGUAAAAGGCCCGUGAUUUAUUUUCUAGAUGGCCCGGUUGAAGGGACCGAGAAGAAUAUGACUCGGUCUAUGUACAAGAAGUUUGUGAUGAAACGAGGUAAAGUAUGCAAAGAGAAGAGCUAUGUUGAAGCUUCGAAGAUUCAGUUUGUGGAGGUAUCGUCCGCGAUCCUUGGAGAUAACGUGUGGAGAAAGAUGUUCUAUCUGAUUUCCAUGUAUUAUUGUUUUCCAUUCGAUAAACCAUCGAUUCCUUUUCAAUCGUUUAAUACUGGUCGACCCAUUUGGGUUUCUGAUCUUAAGGGUUGUUUUGAACAUUAUCAAACCAGAUCAUUCUUAGCCAAAAUGGCGCAGUUUCAGACCGUGGCUUUCGUUCCUGUCAAAUCGGGUGUAGUUGAAUUGGGUUGUUCGAUGAGAUCAUUUCCAGAAGAUCAAAGUAUCAUUCAAUUGUUAAAUCUCAAUUCAAAGCUUAUCACGCUGCCCAGGGAAAAGCUUCGCCGAAAAUAUUCGGACAAGAUCUAA